GAAAAGCAAAGUGGCAAGCGGGCUGUAUCCCCUGAGAGAAACCAUCGGAGUCGCUCUGGACUAAUCAUGCCAGAUGGCCUCAAGGUGCUCCUUACACCACCAGGGGUGUGUGUCCGAAUCUGCCUCCCGCGGAGCCGCUCGCUUUUCGCCUCUUUGUCCUCUCGUUCAGUAACAGCAGCUCCCGCCCGGUCCCCAGCGGCAACUGCGCCUUAGGCAAGAGGACAGCAGUAUUGCUUGGGGAAUACGAGUAGAACUGGAAAGGUCCGAGUAGGAUCACCCCACCAGAAGCCUGAUACUCCUUCAGUAAUGAUCAGCCAGAUAAAUGACAGUCGCGCCAAAGCUCAGGGUCGCUCACCUCGCGUGCGGGCACUUCCCGAAACGUUGAUUGGCUGUCGCGCUGCGGGCGGGAAGGGUCGUGCUCGGUGCUGGACGGCAAUGUGCGGAAGGACUGAGACCCGGGUCCCGCGAGCGAGCGCACAGACCCGGACUGUGACGCGAACCUCGCCUGUUUUUGUUUUGUUUUCUUUAAAUGAGCUCCGUUCUUUCAGUCUCACCGUGCAGAAUAUAGAAAAUACAGAUAACCAAAUAUGAAAGGAGAAAUCUCCCGCCACGACGAAGAGAUACUCACGUGGCUGUUCAAUGUCCUGUCGUCUCACUAGCAAAGUUUCAGGAGGGGCGGGGUGGCGUCGCCAUUCUCCGGAGGCGCGGUCUUUCCGCCCCUUCAUCCGCUCGCCUCGCAACUGGAGAGCUCGCGCUCCUGUAAGGAAUCCUGCGGCCCCGAAGCAGCGCGCCUGGAAAAGGACUUCUGCUUGGAAAUUGAAUGACUCCUGGGAAAAUGACCAUCUGUGUUGUUUCGGACACUGACUCUAAUGAGCUGGUUCUAUCUGUGGGAAAUGUCACUUUUGGGGAGAAGAACAUAAAGAAAAUGAAAGAUAGUCAACUGAGAAAAAAGCAGAAUGAAAACAUCUCAUGAUCUGUGAUUGCUUUGCUGAAUUCUAGAUGGGCAGAGAGUAAGGCUAAAAUUGAGAAUGAAAACUGUAGUUAUAAAAAAGAUGGAAUAGGAUUAUAUUUGAAACAUUCUUUUACCAAUAUUGUCUCAUUUGUUCACAAAUACUUAGCCUUUAUGCAGUGAGACAAACAUUUUCUGAUUGUUGUCAAAUUGUGGAAUCCAGAAAUCUUUGAUUUGAGGAUUGCUUCCUUGAGCUCCAAUUUGUGCAAAAGAGAUAUAACAUCUGUAAAUAUCAUGAGUGCUACUGCUGCACUGGAAUUCCUCAAGACAAGCAUGAAACUGCAAAGGGAUUAACACAUACCUUCAGAGAUGUUCUGUUUUGGUGAGCAAGAAGAAAGUAACAUGAAGGCCUUGGCUGCUGACUUUUUUAAUAGGAUGCAACUCAGGUACAGAGACCUCAUCUUUACUGAAUCCACAGAUGUUGAAAUCAAAGACUUCUCAAGAGAAAAGUUGUUACAUUGCAUUAAAGAGAUUCUCCCUCAGUAUGUUUCUGCAUUUGCAAAUAUGAGGGGGUAUUUCUUUAUUGGUUUAAAUGAAGAAAAACAAGAAGUAAUUGGCUUUAAAGCAGAGAAGACUGACCUUGACAAAUUAGAAAGAGAAAUAGAAAAAUGCAUUAAUAAGUUGCUUGUCUAUCACUACUGUAGAGAGAAGAAGAUAAAUUAUUCGUGCAAAUUACUUGAAGUAAAUGAUGAGGGCAGUCUUUGUGGAUAUGUAUGUGCACUCAAAAUAGAGCAAUUCUACUGUGCAGUGUUUGUUAGAGAUCUGGAUUCCUAGUGUGUGAAAGACAGUCAAGUGAUGCAGCUGAGCGUGGAGGAAUGGGUCCAAUUAAUGCUGGAUGCUGAACCUAGUGAGAAACAGGGAUUAGAAGCAAGGGUACCUAUGGCUGGGGUGGCAAGGUUUUUUUUCCCUCUGGGAUUUGGGGCAAGAUCAAUCAAUCUUCCUCAAAUUUCAACACCUAGUUUACUAACCUCUGUUGGAUGGUUUAUUUAUUUAUUUAUUUUCAGUUUUCAGUUUUAUUAGGUAGAAUUGUGUUUUUUGGCCAAUAUUUUAUAAUAACUUUAUGUAUUUAUUUUUGGAAUUGUUACAAUUGACUGUACAUAUACAACAUAUUGCAUAUAGAUACAUAUACACAAUAUACUGCAUAUUUUUAAAAAUCUACAUAUAUAUAUUAUUCAUUGUUUCUAAGAACGUUUAGAGCUUUAGCUUUUUUAACUUACAUAGUUAUCAAAGGA